AUGAUAUUUUCUUUCGAGGAUGCAGUUGCUCAGCCGAACAUCGACCCUUUGCAAUGGAACCAUCAGAGGCAGACAAGUGCGCAGCACCUGGACGUGAUUGCGUCCCUGCCUAUGCACAGCACCAUGACAAUAUCAAGUCCAAGUCCAUACCAUCAUUCUUCGCAGUUCCAUCAUGCCAAUUUGUCUCCCACUUCGAUCAACAACGGUUCCAACAUGACUCCUGACAUUGCUCUGUUGGCCCCUCCUAGUCAAUACUCCCAGUCUAGCUAUGAUCCUAUAGCACGGCAGUUCCAGGAGCAGCCAUGGAGCGUGAACAACCCCAGGACUAGCCAUCCGGGUGGCAGUCGCAGUCCGUCCACUCAACCGCAAAUGCAGUACAAAAUGUACCGCGAAUCUGGAAUCAAUGCCGGCUGUCCCGACUCGGCCUAUUAUUCUCAGUCCCAGCCUGCGCACUCGGUCUUGAGCAAUGAACCAGACUGCUACAAUGUAGAACUAUCUCCGAGCGUCACUUUCCAAAUCGAGAGAAUGAAUGUCAAGUCGCCAGCAACUGAAGCUCCUCCAAUGGCUCGCGCACACUCUGCUCUGAGGUCACAGGGCAGUAGCCGCAGUGGAAAGUCAGGAAAAUUAUCAAAAAAGAUACCUUGUCCCAAUCCAGAAUGCACAACAGUAUCGAACUGCGAGUCGGAAUACAAGAAGCAUCAACUUCGACAUUCGAAGCCAUUCAAGUGCGAAGAGCCUAACUGUAAACGUCACGGGGAAGGUUUCACUACGUGCAACGAUCUCGAGCGACACAAGAAGAGUGUUCACUGUAUAGGUUUGGGCGCUGGAUCGUUUCAGUGCGCAUCUGAGAAGUGCAGGAAUCCUUAUAAGAUUUGGCCACGUCUCGACAACUUCAAGCAGCACAUUGAGCGCAUGCACAAAGAAGAGGAUCAGAUUGAUUUGAUCAAGAAAUCUGAGUAUCAUCCUAAAGAGCCGCAAGAUCGAUUUGAAAGUACAACUGUUGCUUCUGCUGACACGAGCUUCGAUGUUGCGGGGAUGGAAAGAUCUUUGUCUGCAAAUCCCGUGAUCGACAUUGCGCCUGCGAUGGACAUAGCUAUUGUGGAGCACGAUCACGCUCAGUGGUCCUCGUGGGAUCGCAAUGCGCACAAUCUUGCACAUCAAGUUUCACCGAACCCCGCUCAGCAUUCGGGCCCGCUCUCACGUCAAGGCAGUAUAGGCACCUGUAGAGGGCAGAAACAGCUACCUGAUCAGCGAAAGCUAGGCCAGGGCAAGGCACAACCAUCCUUGGCCGUUCCAGAAAGGCCAUCAACCAAAGCUCGUUCAAGUGCUACAGGUCAACAAAACCAGCAGCCGAGUGAAUUUCCGGAACUUUCGAAUGCUCCACAGACAAAAGCUGAGCAACAACGGCUAGCGCUCUCCAAACUCUCGCAAGCCAUGUUCCCGUCACCUAGUCCGGUAGACCUCGAGGCUCUGCUGGUGCGCAUGCUCCAUCAAGCCAAAGAUUCCGCCAGCUGGGAGAACAAAGCUGGGAAAGGGCAAGAAGAAAGUACACGAAGUGAUAACGAUAGGGGGGAAUUUACCAAGAGCGAUGCUCUGCACGCCGUACAGGCAAUCUCGAACCUGAUUAAACAAAGCCGAGGUACUUCCUCCACGAAGGUACAGCGUCGCAUGGCCCAGGGGUUCGUGUCGGAUGCAAAAGUUUGUCCAUUUUUGAAGUGUGGAUUUGCUGUCGCUCGCAACUGCGACUUGCGCAAACACAUGAAGCGGCAUGAGAGACCGUAUGGCUGCACGUACCCCAAAUGUUACAAGCGUUUCGGUGCCAAAUCUGACUACAAGCGUCAUGAAAACAGUCAGCAUCCUCAGCUAGAAGCAUGGCGUUGUUCGCAAGUCGAUGGGAUUGACCAACAUAAAGAGCUGUCAGCGGAAGAGAUACAAGGACAUUUGGUCAAGGACAGAAUGGCAAAGAAUGGCCAGGAACGAUUUUGGUGCGGUUUCUGCAAUGCUAUGAUAGAGCUCCAGCAGAAGCGCAAUGCCGCCUGGAACGAGCGAUUUGAUCAUAUCGUGGACCACUUUGACAAGGAAAAGAGGAGCAUUCAUGAUUGGAUUUGUGUGGAAGAAAACAAGACAAAGAAGGAGUUACGCGAGUCUAAAACGUUGAAGACGUGGCACAGCAUCCACUGCAAGACGUACUGCAAGUAG